CUCAUUAGGCUCGUCGUAGACGCUACUUACUCCACGACAAUUCUGGCGUGGACCAACAUCGUCACAUCACUGCUCCAUGUUUCAAGUGUGAAUAAUUGAAGACCAAACAUACAGAGGAAGAAGAAAAACUUGGCUGGUGAUUUUUUUUCUCGAGGACUCCCAGUAUGCUCUCUCGACGGAUAUUGGGAGCGAGGCCUCUCGCCUGGGCCGUCCGACCAGCGAUAUCCGCCCCACAAAGAAGCCUUCCCCAGAUUCGAUGCCUUUCCCAGGCAGAUGUCGAGGAUCCUGGAAUGAAUGGCGGCUAUAUAAACCCUCCUGCUGAGAAACGUCAAAUGCGAGACCCGUACGGCGACUGGUGGGACAAGCAAGAACGCCGCAACUAUGGUGAACCGGUGCAUGAAGACAAUGAUAUUCUAGGCAUAUUCUCGCUCGAGGAAUAUACCCAUUUCACUCCCGGUCGCUCGCUAUUUUUGGUGGGAUGCUUUAUCGCAGCUACUGUUGGCCUCUGUGGUGUGGUCUACAAGUAUUAUCCAGACAAGCCCGCCACGCCAAGAACAUUUCCAAAUGGUUUGGAGGUAGAAUUGGGGGGUCCGAAUGCUUUACGGGCGCGGAAAGAAGGAGAGGAUCAAUAUUAGCUCCUUAUCUCGGUCCUCUUUCCUCCAUCAUACUUGGUCGUUUAUUUUCCGGGCGAGAAGCAUCUACUGUUGUCACUUUUUAUAUAGCGCAUCAAUCUCGACUUUACCUCGUCCACCGGUCUAUCAGUUUGUGGUUCGCAAUUAAUCAGUAAAUGUGCUUUCCUUCAUUAGGCUCGGUUGAACUACGACAUGAGAAAUCUUUAUCCGGGAUAAAACUCGACUUUCACGCAGAGUAGAUACAUUCAUGCGGGGAAAAUUCUAAAUAGAAAGCUCGUGAUAAAUUUAUCUCUUUUUAUCUUCAUUCC